AUGGAUGCAAGACUGAUCCGAACGUAUAUGAUAACUACAGAAGAUGCAACGGAUGAAACCAAAGAAAUCGUUAAUUCUAUAAUCCAGAGAAUUCGUGAUGGACAGUCGACUCUGGUAACAUUGGUUCAACAUCUCGGUGAAUAUCUUACGAGUGAAAAUGCUUCCACUAGAGCCAAAGCAACUAGUCUCCUGACAACGAUAUUAACCGGAUGUCCUAGUGGACAGGUGAAUAGAGCUGCUAUGAAUGUGCUUGUAAACUUCUAUUGCGAAAGACUAGCUGAUACUAUAAGCGUGCCCGAAUUGUUACGGGGCCUUGCGUUUUUACAACAAUUAGAAGCUUUCUCGAAUGACAAUGCCAUCAAUGUAUCACUUGCCGUAUUCAAAAUAAAUGUACAAGAUUACCCACAAGCAGUAAGGCAUUAUGUAUACCAAAUCUUUGAUAGUAUGUUGAAGAUACACAUAAAAGCCUUGAAACAAAUAGAAGCAGAAUUUGUAUCAGGAUUUAUUAAAACUAUGGAUGGCGAAAAAGAUCCGAGAAAUCUGUUAUUGGCAUUCUCACUUGUUAAAUUGAUUAUAGGUGAAUUUGAUAUUUCACAGCAUGUUGAGGAAUUGUUUGAAGUCACGUUCUGUUAUUUUCCCAUUACUUUCAAACCACCACCCGAUGAUCCGUAUGGUAUUACCGCUGACGAUCUGAAAAUUGCAUUAAGGGAAUGCUUGACUGGUACACCUUUAUUUGGUAAACAUAUAAUGCCUUUGUUGUUAGAAAAGCUCACAUCGACCUCUGGUAACGCGAAGAGAGAUUCCAUUGAAGUUAUUGCUCAAGGCUCACCCGUUUAUGGAACUGAACCAUUGAUUCCGUACAUAGAAGAUCUCUGGGAGGGAUUGAAAAUUGAAAUAUUUCAUGCAACUGAUGAUGCCAUGGAAUACAACGCACUUGAAGCGUUAAAAAGUGUCGUGUCCACGUUCUCGGCCUCAAUUAUUGAUAAAUCCAAUCCUUUGGAGAAAUUUCUUUCACCAGUCGUGUUUGAGUGCACGGAGUUUCUGAAGGAACCUGACUUGAAGAUGGCUAAGCCAAGUGGAAGAAUUCUUAAAUAUUGUGCUAUGGCUUCUGAUCCAGCAUUCACUUUGAUCAUUGAAUCAACUGUUCCGAGAUUUUUAAAGCAAUUUACUCUUAGUGAUUUAUCAGCGCAAAAAAAAGGUAUUGCAGAGGCAUUGAUAGAGUACAUUGAAGCAAGUAAAGCCCUUUAUGGUUCUAUUGAUCAGCCAGGAGAAUUUGACGAGCAAGAUAUUAAAAAUCCUCUCAAGGAAUUCAAAGAAGACUAUUUCCGUAUUUUCAGAACAUCAUUUCUUUCCUCAAAUGAGUACAACGAAUUCCGUCUUGUGGGUCUCAAGGGCUUAUGCGAACUUGUUUUGCUUGAAAAUUUUCUGGAGGAUAACGAGAUCGGCGUUAUAAUCCAGGAGCUCAACCAGACGAUUUUAAAUGAUCCGGACGAAGACAUUGUAUCCGAAGCAUUGAAAUCGUUGGCAAACAUAUCUCACUAUAAGGCUCAGUUAUUACUGACGUAUAGUAUUCCAGUAUUUCUUUCGCAAUUACCCACUGACCAUGAAGAUGCUGAAAGUACAAUCCUUGGAACUACUAAGAAAUCGUACAUUAACGUUCUCAAAGCUCUCUCUCAAUUGGCAGUCGAGCCAUUAUUAUUUGGGGCAUUUGCACUUGAGGCCAUGAAGAAUCUUGAUGUUUAUAUUGCUGCUUCUUCCACGGAGGAUGUCGAGUAUCCCUUAAGAUUACUUAAGACGGUAUAUGAUAUUCUCAUAACAAAAACGGAGUUGCAUCAUACAGACAUACAAGGUUACGUUGAUGGAAUCGUAAUUCACUUGUUAACAAGAUGUGUUGAGCCUACUCUCGACAAGGAAAAUGUCAAAGCAAUGGCCAUCUUUGGUGAAUUGAGAAUUAUCGAGCAGAUAUCAAGGAUAAUAGGCGUCAUUAUACGUACAUUGGAUGUUAGUACACAAACCGAAUUCAUUGAGAAAAUGUUUGAAGUAUUUAUAAAAGGAAAUGUGUCGUUACUGUCAUUCGGCGAAGGAACCAAAAUAAAUAAAGACAUUGUUUUUGCUCCAAUUUCAGUCAAUUCCGAUGUACCUCAACAGAAUCUCGCUUUAUUGUUUACCGCUGCUGUUGGGUCAAUUCGCCAGCAGGUCACACUACCAUUACCAAAUAUCUCAAGUUUCCUUUCCACAGUUGUUGACCUUUCUAUAUCAACUCAGAAUGAUAUACAUAGGAGGUCACUGGCUAAGCUCGCGGCCUCUAUUGUGAACAAACUUCGUGAAGAUAACGAAUUGGAGAAUUUUAUUGAAUCAAAAAUACUGGGACAGCUACUAAGAAGCUUCGGACCGGAUCAAAUUGAGAGCAAUCGAUGCAUAUCGUUUUCUCUCUUUCUCUGGUUCACAAAAGCGCUCGUUAUUCGUGCCCACGCUGCUGGAUUCACCUGCACUGGUCAUGUCAUCCGACAAUUUAGUGACGAUGUAUUGGCUGAAGAUGCAUCCAAAGGGUUUGGAAUAAUCAUUGGCGAUGACGAUUUACUUAACAAACAGAACUUUGCUAUUAUGAGUGUGUUAUAUAAACAGAGAUUUUUCAAUCAUUGCCUGCCCCAAUUAGUGGAAGGAUUCAAAUCCUCUGCAGAUGAAGUGAAGCACCAUUACUUGAUCGCUCUGUCUCAGUUACUUAUUAACGUUCCAAAGGAAGUGACGCUUGGAUUUCUUUCACAAAUCACACCUCUUCUCAUACAUUCACUCUCACUCCCCGAUUCGUCUCUUCGUACAUCAACGCUCGAUACGUUUUAUGUUAUUGCUCUUGAUGCACCAGACAUAAUAACCGAGCAUGUAUCUACCCUUGUCAAGCUGUUUCUCUCACACACAUCAAAGUCCGAGCAUAACACAAUGCCUGUUCGAAUAUCCGCAUUAAAAUGUUUGAGUAUUCUUCCGGAUACAAUCAAGUUUGAUGUGCUGUUUCCAUACAAGAGUCAAGUGAUUAGAGUUCUGGCAGAAGCAUUGGAUGACCGGAAGCGUUUGGUUAGGAAAGAAGCCGUGGAUUGUCGAAGCAAAUGGUUCUUAUGUGCUCUGUUACCAGGUUAUAUCCAUCCUGACGAAUUUUUUCAGGGGCCAGAAGUGUUAGCAGGAGAUGUAUUUAACCUAGAGGUUUUCAUUCCUUGGGAGUUUGAUCCACAGCUCCCUGCUAGGAGUAUUGUGCCCCCAGCGUUUACGGCUGGGCUCCCGUUCCUAAUUUUGAAAGGAUUCACAACAGUAUUGGGAAUAGAGAUUACAUCCACAAUGUUAUUUCUGACGAUACGCAUAACCUUUCUGUUUCUCUCCUUCAUCUUGGAUUUUGUAUUAUACAAGUCGAUGCUUUUAUUGAAAUAUUCCCAACGCAAUGUCGCCAUUACACUUGUGAUACUCGCCUCAGCGUACACAACUUUGAUAUUUCACACACAUUCGUUCUCAAACACAAUAGAGAGCUUAAUAUUAUCCCUGUGCUUUUAUUUCGUGAUUGAGGGUGAUCAACUAUGCGAUGCGAGAAGUAAUAACAAAGAUGUCGCGCCCAAAAAUGACACGACCACAGUUACAGGCAACAUGAAAGGUUUGACAGAUAUAAACUUUCAGACGUCAUUUUUCAAACUUGGAUGUCUUCUUACGUUGGGUGUUUUCACAAGAAUCACAUUUAUCUUAUAUGCACUCCCUGUGGGCUUUAUGAUUUUAUGGUCCUCCAUUACAUCUGACAAAGGAAUAUCAGAUGCCUUUACAUACAAACUUAGACCUAUCAUCCUGGGGAUGGCUAUGACUGCAACUUUUUGUCUUCUGGUUGACAAUAUAUAUUUUGGCGUAAUAAUAUUUAAAAGAGACAAAGAAUUGAUAAACCUUGGUAGAAUUUUAUGGGAUUUGAUUGUGAAACUUAAGAUACAUCUGGAUUGGAGUAUAGAAAUGAAGGGAACUCCCAUAAUUGCCCCAUUAAAUAACAUAUUAUACAACAUGGACUCUGAUAACCUUGCCAAGCAUGGGCUACAUCCACGAUACCUCCAUAUAGUAAACUUACUAAUUUUAUUUGGACCACUUGCAUUGCUUAACAUAAUUGAGCUCUUCAAAACCAUCAAGAAUUGGCAGAUUGAAUCAUGGAACAAGUACAAAACUGUGCUAAUUGCAAGUGGGUUAAGUGGAUUCAGUUUUCUGUCAACAAUACCACAUCAAGAAGCAAGAUUUUUGCUACCAAUGUUGAUAAUACUAGUCUUUUGCUCUGCAAAUUCUUGUCAAUCACUUACUAAGAAAUUUUGGGUUUCAUGGAUAUUGUUUAAUAUAGCAAUGACUAUAGUCUAUGGUCUUGUUCACCAGGCUGGAGUAAUUCCAAUGAUGGCUAAAUUACAGAAGCAAAGCAUGAAAUUCCACGAUUGUCACUUGAGAAACGGAGGAGACUAUACCAUUUGCCAGCUUGAGCAUAAGUUUAUAUCUCCUGUUUACAAACAUCCAUCAGAAGCCUAUGAGACCAAUAUAUUAUUUUACAAAACCUACAUGCCUCCCAGACAUUUAUUAGGUUAUCCAACUACCUGGAGAGAUUCAAACAUUCAAGUCAACGUUCACGAUCUGCUCGGAUCAUCAUUAGAAGACUUUGAUAGUGUUUUGGCAAAACAUGUAGCCGUCGAUGUGACCAUUGCCAACACCAUGUUACCAAAUCAAGUUUUGUUUAAACGAGUUGCUACUGAUUCAAGAAAUGGCUCCAUCUCACUUUAUAAAAGGACACUUGUGGUUACUCCAUCAACUACACCAUUGCCCAGAACUGUAAAGUUUAGCUUGAUUGAUCAACAUUGGCCACACGUUGACUUUGAUCAAUUGGAUAAAGCAUUUGAUCGCGGAAUUUCUUUGAAUUUGUAUUUAUUAGUUGGUUAA